CGGUCCCUGGUGGUGGGGGGCGCGGAGGCUGCGCCGGGGCAGUUCCCGUACCAGGCGGGGCUGCUGGUGACGCGGCGCGGCGCGGCGGGCGGCGCGGCCGGCGUGGGGCUGUGCGGCGCCACCCUGCUGUCCGACCGCUGGCUCAUCACGGCGGCGCACUGCUGUCGCGAAGGGCACAAGAUCCAGGUGUUUCUCGGCUCGCACCCCACGAUGCGCGACGCGCAGCAGCGCGCCGAGACGGGCCUGGUGCUGCUGCACCCCAUGUACUCCCAGGGCCAGCCCGGCCACCACGACCUCGCCCUCAUCCGCCUGGAGCGGCCCGUGCGCCUCAACGACAGGGUGCGGCCCGUCCGCCUGCCCGCCUGGCGGCACCGCGCCGAGGACUUCGCCGGCACGGUGGCCACCCUGAGCGGCUGGGGGAAGACCUCCGACGAGGACCAGCGGCCCGUCAAGGGCACGGCCGUGCUGCGCUUCGCCAGGGAGCGCGUGCUGCACGCCGAGGAGGCCGAGGCCAUCCUGAAGCGCAAGCUGCCGCCCCACUUCCUGUGCGUCCGCGGCCUCCGGGGCGAGGUCUCCUGCAACGGCGACAGCGGCGGCCCCCUCACAGUGGAGGCGGCCGACGGGCGGCCCAUGCUGGUGGGGGUGGUGUCCCACCGCUACGGACACCUGUGCGGGCUGAGCAAGGCCCACGUGUGCACCCGGAUCACGAGCUUCCUGCCCUGGAUCGCCGCCGUCACCAGGGUGCCCGUCGAGCACUGA